AGUUGGCCACCUCAAAAUUUCCAACGCAUUUUACUUUUUAUUAAUUACCCAAAUGAAUUUUUCACGUAAUUUUUAUUUUACAGCGUGGCAUUUAUAUUACAAAAGAGAAAGGGUCAAAUAUGCCCCUAAAAAUCCGACCCAUUAAACUUACCCAUAUUUUAAGGUUCAAUUAUACCCUUUUAUUACCCUUUUAUUACCCGGAUCCGACCCAAAACCCAUAUUCCUUUUCCCCAAAUUUUAUUACCCGUAUCCGACCCAAAACCCAUAUCCCUUUUCCCCCCAAAACAAAUCCCUAAUUUCCUAAACUUCCUUUUCCCCCAAGAACACAAAUCGCGGCGCAUUAGGGUUCUUGAAGACUUGCAGAAAUUGCGGCGGCGCUAGGGUUAGAAAAUCUACGGGUUGAAGGUAAGUUUCUCCCUUCAGUAAAUUAUAUAUUCGAUUAGGGUUACAUUUUCUUAUGAGUUAGGGUAUUUAAGUAAAGUCGACGUGUAUCAAAAUCACUUGAAAUGUAUUGUUUUGUUUUAAAAUGAUGUACUUUUAUGCCUUUGAUAGCUUUGUUUUGUUUCUCUUUUGGUGGUCUCGAGAUGUUGUUUGUCUUUUAGGGCUUACUUUAUUUUAUUUUUGCAGCUUUUAAUGUGUUUGGUUUGAGUGGUCUCUCUGAUUUUACUGUUUUUUUCAUGUGAUUUUGAAGAAUGCUUGAUGAAGUUGAAAUUGUGUUCAACUACGGGGGUAGUUGGGUCAUUUCACCUCUGUUGGCUUACACUAAGAAAUUGGUGCACUCUUGGCUAAAUUUUGACCCUGAAUUAUUGAGUCAUAAAGAUAUAUGUGAUGAGUUUACUUCCAAGCUAGGGUUUUCUCGAGUUAAACAAUUAUUAACCACUGGGCCCUCUGAAAAGUAUUAUAUAGUAGAUGGGAAUGAUGGAAUUAGGGCCAUCCUUAGCCUUCUAUGUGAGAAAUUUAAAGUCGUCAACUUCUUUGUUGUGGAGGAGGGUGAGUUCACUGUCGUUGCCCAAAAUAUCACACAAUAUGUUGAAUCAUGUUGUGUAGAUGUUGAGGUUGGUACAGAUUGUGAACACAGUCCUGGUUCUGUUGAUGAAUGGGAUCUUUCUGAGGGUGAGGAAUGUGAUUUAGAGUGGAUGGAUGCUAUUAGCAAUGAAAGGGGAAGAGUAGUAGGUGACAGGUUGGAAAGCUUCAAAGAAUUGCAAGUUGGUAUGACAUUUAAAGACAUGAAAGAAGGUAGACAGGUUAUGAAUUAUUAUGCAUUAGCUAACAAAAGGGCUUUGACUAUAAUAAAAGGUGAUACAAAGAGAACUAGGUAUGGUUGUGAUAUAGGAUGUCCCUUUAGGUGUUUGAUUUCAAAAGAUGGCAAAACUGAAGGGUUUAAGAUAAAGACUUUCAUCAACAAGCACACAUGUGAGGAGACCUUUUUUAAUGCUAGAGCUGAUGCAGUUACUUUAGCUCAAUACUUCAAGAACAAGCUUCAAAAUAAUCCCAAGUAUAAGGUAAAAGAUAUGAGAGGACAGCUUGAAAAUGACUUAAAAUUGAAUGUGUGUCAGUCUAAACUUAAAAGGGCUAAGAGGAUGGCUCUUGAGAAGUUGGAUGGAAGUUUUAUUGAUGACUACAACAAGCUUGAGGCCUAUGCACAAGAGCUUAAGCAAUCCAAUCCCGGAAGUGAUGUUUUGAUAAAUAUCUCUAAGGAUGCCCUGGCUGAAGGAAAAAGAAAAUUUUUAAGGAUGUACAUCUGUUUUGAUGCUCUUAAGAAAGGGUGGAAAUCUGGUUUGAGGCCAUUUAUUGGACUUGAUGGUACAUUUUUGAAAGGUAUAUGUAAGGGUGUUCUGUUGGUUGCUCUAGGACAAGAUUCUAUGAACAGUUUCUAUCCACUAGCAUGGGCAAUAGUGGACAAAGAAACAAGCAAUACAUGGUGCUGGUUUAUUGAGUUAUUGAAGGGGUCUUUGGACCUUAAAGAUGGUGCAGAAGUCACAUUCAUUUCGGAUAUGCAAAAGGGACUGAUAGAUGCUGUUGUCAAAGUGUUGCCUGAAGCUCAACAUAGGUAUUGUGUGAGACACAUUGAGAGUAACUGGUGCAGAAAAUGGAGGAGUGGUCAAAUGAGGAAGCUGAUGUGGUGGUGUGCUUGGAGUUCCUAUGUUGAAGAGUUCAAGGACCAAUUAAAUAAGUUGGGGAAACUAUCAAAAGAUGGUGCAAGAAAUUUGGUAAAGUAUCCACCAAAGGCAUGGUGUAGAGCUUAUUUUGAUACUCAGUGUAAGAACAUGAUGGUUGAUAACAACUUCACUGAAUCAUUCAAUGCAUGGAUUCUUGAGGCUAGAGCCAAGCCAAUAAUCAAGAUGUUAGAAGAAAUAAGAGUACAAGUGAUGAGAUUGCUAGUGAAUAAUGAAAAGAAGUUGAAGACUUGGGAAAAGUGUGCUGAAAAUAAUGCACAUUCGAAGAAAGGCAAAAGGCCAAUGUCUAACAAUGAACAUGGUUCUGAUGUUGAGGGUGGAAUUGAAGCUGAAACUGGGACUGAGGCUGUAACACAAGAGUUUGAACCAUAUGGUCCUAAUGUUGAAGAUGAAGAAGACCCACCUCUAAGACCAAUGGUGAUUUGUGAAUCGGAAUUGAGGGCUGAGAAGUUGAAAAAAAGGGUUGUUCCAACUGGUGCAAGAAAAAUUCAGUUUUAUGGAGAUCACACUGGUGCCUCAGUGCCAACUAAUCUGCCUUAUUCUCCGAUCAAAACAACAUGGAAGGGAAAAGAAGCUGUCCCUGCUGGACAUGUGCAAAUGCAAGCAAAAAAGAAAAGAAUCAAGAUGAUGGGGGUUAAGGGCAGAAAUCCUGUUGUAGAUGAUUUAUUGUAA